AUGACCAAGCCUACGGCAUCCAUGCUCGAAGCGAUUUGCCAAACUACCCUCCUUGACGAUGUUUUUAAUGAAGACCCUGUUACCAAUGAGCUGCAACAAUAUGUGGCCGAGAUCACUAAACACGAAGCCAGUCUGCUAGUCCUUUCUGGGACGAUGGGGAACCAGGUGGCUAUUCGUUCGCAUCUUGCGCAGCCGCCACAUUCAGUGCUAUGUGACCACAGAUCCCACAUUAUUUGUUAUGAAGCGGGAGGAGUGAGCGCAUGGACUGGAGCUACCAUGCAGACAGUGGUGCCCAAAAAUGGCGUCCACCUGACGCUGGAGGAUAUCCAGAAGCAUGCCGUGUUGGACGAUGAUAUUCACCAUUGCCCUACCAAGCUCAUCAGCUUGGAGAAUACACUCGAUGGAAUGAUCAUGCCUCUCACAGAGGCAAAGCGGAUUGUUGAAUGGGCUCAUUCCCAUGACAUCAAGGUUCACCUCGACGGCGCCCGUCUGUGGGAAGCUGUUGCGGCUGGUGCAGGGAGUCUGCCUGAGUAUACUGCUUUGUUUGACAGCGUUAGCCUUUGCUUCUCGAAGGGGUUGGGUGCCCCGAUUGGCAGCAUAAUUGUUGGUCCUCAGGCUUUCAUCAAGAAAGCACGCUGGUUCCGCAAAUCCAUCGGCGGUGGUGCCCGACAGACUGGUGUCAUUGCAGCCGCCGCCCAGGUUGCACUAAAGGAGACAUUCGGGAUGCACCCAUCCGGGCAGGAUGGGAAGCUUGCAGCGACCCACAUCAAGGCCAAGCAUGUGGCUGAAUUAUGGACCAGCCGUGGUGGAAAGUUGCAACAACCACCGCAAACCAAUAUGGUUUGGCUGGACCUCGAAGCAUCCGGGGUGGGACCUAACGAUCUGUCCGUGAUUGGACAGGAGAAGGGACUCAAGUUGGGAGGUGGCCGUAUCGUGGUCCAUUAUCUAUCGGAUCAGGCGAUCGCCCGCCUGGACCAAGUGUUCGAAAUUGCUCUCAGCGGCAAGUACCAAAAGAGCCAAGAUACUAGUACUCCAUACGGCAGUAGAUAG